UCGCCGCGUGCAGGCCGGUGUCCAGCUGUCCAGGUGUCCAGCUGUCCCGCGUCCAGGCCGAGGAUGUCGGCGCGGCCGCGGCUGCACUACCCCAACGGGCGGGGCCGCAUGGAGUCGGUGCGCUGGGCGCUGGCGGCCGCGGGCGUCGAGUUUGAUGAAGAGUUUCUAGAAACAAAAGAACAGUUGCAGAGGCUGCAGGAUGGAAACCACCUGCUGUUCCAGCAAGUGCCGAUGGUGGAAAUCGAUGGGAUGAAGCUGGUGCAGACACGGAGCAUUCUCCACUACAUCGCAGAGAAGCACCAUCUCUUUGGCAGAGACCUCAAGGAGAGAACCCUGAUCGACAUGUACGUGGAGGGGACGCUGGACCUGCUGGAGCUGCUUAUUAUGCACCCCUUCCUGAAGCCUGACGACCAGCAAAAGGAAGUGGUCAGCAUGGCCCAGAAGGCCAUCGUUCGCUACUUUCCUGUGUUUGAAAAGGUGUUACGAGAGCACGGACAAAGAUUUCUCGUUGGCAAUCAGCUGAGCCUCGCAGAUGUGAUUCUGCUCCAAACCAUUUUGGCUCUAGAAGAGAAAAUUCCGAACAUCCUGUCGGCAUUUCCUCAUCUCCAGGAGUUCUCAGUGAAAAUAAGUAAUGUGCCCACCAUUAAGAAAUUUCUCGAACCCGGUAGCAAGAAGAAGCCCCCUCCUGAUGACAUCUACGUGAGAACCGUCUACAACAUCUUUAUGCCAUAAAAAACGUGUAUUCAUCUGUGAGUGAGAGCUGGUUCCUGCAGACUUCUCUGUCCGCCACACUCUCUUCUUUGAUGCCAAGUUGCUGUGACCCCAGCUCUGUUAUGGUGCUAAGUAUACUCGUCCUUAAGCUGGGUCUUGCAUUUCAAGAAAAUCUCUUUUAGAAACAUUGACAUUUGUGUGUGUAUGUGUGUGUGUGUGAGGGGGUAGGGGGAAGUCCAGCGAUUUUCUGGAAGGUUUUUCCGUAAACUUUUUUGGAGACAUUGACCUUUCGAUGUGAUUACUCAUUCUCGCUGAUUAGAAUGGGCAGGACCUCAUGUUCUUGCCAAGCUUAUUAUUUGAUGCCUCUUUUUAUCAAAACCCUCAUCUUUGGUGUCUGAUAGCAACAAAAUGUCUAGUGACUCACUCUUUUAUCAAUGGUUCUCAAUCUAUGAUAGUCAUGAAUGACGUCAGUAUCAGCAAAAAAUAAAACA